UUGGUGUCUCGACGUUCUGGUCAGCAGCUUUUUUCCAUUCUUUCCCUCCACUUCUUGAGUGAGCAGCCAUGAGUUGGACUGUGCCUGUUGUGUGGGCCAGCCAGAGAGUGAGCUCGGCGGGAGCGAAUUUUCUGUACCUGGGGAUGGCCCUCUGUCCCCGUCAGGCAGUGUGCAUGCCGCUCAAGGGCACCUGGCUCUUUACCUCCGUGAGCAAGAUGGCGACUGUGAAGAGUGAGCUCAUUGAGUGCUUCACUUCCGAGGAGCCCUUUCAUCACAGAAAGGUCUCCAUCAUAGGAACUGGAUCAGUGGACAUGGCCUGCACUAUCAGCAUCUUAUUAAAAGGAUUGAGUGAUGAACUUGCCUUUGUGGAUCUUGAUGAAGGCAAACUGAAAGGUGAGACAAUGGAUCUUCAACAUGGCAGCCCUUUCAUGAAAAUGUCAAAUAUUGUUUGUAGCAAAGAUUACCUUGUCACAGCAAACCCCAAUCUAGUGAUUAUCACAGCAGGUGCACCCCAAGAAAAGGGAGAAAUGUGCUUUAAUUUAGUCCAGCAAAAUGUGGCCAUCUUCAAGUUAAUGAUUUCCAGUAUUGUCCAGCACAGCCCCCUCUGCAAACUAAUUAUUGUUUCCAAUCCAGUAGAUAUCUUAACUUACGUAGCCUGGAAGUUGAGUGCAUUUCCCAAAAACCGUGUUAUUGGAAGCAGCUGUAAUCUGGAUACUGUUCGUUUUCAAUUCUUCGUUGGACAAAAGCUUGGUAUCCACUCUGAAAGCUGCCAUGGAUGGAUCCUCGGAGAGCAUGGAGACUCAAGUAUUCCUGUGUGGAGUGGAAUGAACGCAGCUGGUGUCCUUUUGAAGGAUCUGAACUCUGAUAUAGGAACUGAUAAAGAUCCUGAGAAAUGGAAAAAUGUCCACAAAGAAGUGAUUGCUAGUGCCUAUGAGAUUAUUAAAAUGAAAAGUUCUACUUCGUGGGCCAUUGGCCUAUCUGGAGCUGAUUUAACAGAAAACAUUUUGAAGAAUCUUAGGAGAAAACAUCCAGUUUCCACCAUAAUUAAGGGCCUCUAUGGAAUAAAUGAAGAAGUCUUCCCAGUAUUCCUUCCUUGGAGAGAAGGGUAUUACCAACAUUAUAAAGAUAAAGCUGACCCCUGAAGAGGAGGCCCAUCUGAAAAAGAGUGCAAAAACACUUUGGGAAAUUCAGAAGGAGCUUGAGACUUAAAGUUGUCUAAAACUACCAUUCCGAAAUUAUUGAAGAGAUCAUAGAUACAGAAUUAUAUAUCAAAAUUUUCAAUAAACUUGAAUUCCUAAA